AAUGAUUUUGACCAUUUUUCCAAAUAGGAAUGACUCGGCGCAAUCCAUGGAGGCAGAUAUCAUUGUCGCAGGAUUUCGCGAAAGUUAUGAGAAGCACGGCGUACUCUAAAGUACCGAUUUUGAAGAUUGAUUGUUCAAAUCACGCAGUAAGAGGACUGAAUUCCAAGAUUUUCUCAAUUACCAACAAUACUUCUCACGCAAAAGAAGGGAGGGAUUUGAUUAAAAAGCACAUCAAUAGGUUUGGGAAGGAUGUACGCUCGGCAAUAACUUACAACGCCAACAAUCGAAGCUCUGAUGACCCCCUCACGAAAACUUCCGCUAAAACUUUGGCGGAUGACAUUACCAAUGUUUUGGCUCACAUUUAUGGGGACCACUCAAACUGUAAAAGUUACUUUUGCAAGAAAGGAGGAAGCGAAGAGUUUUCAAAAUUCAGAUCAACCACGGCAGGAAAAGAAUUGAUUGAGUGCUUUGGAAGGCUGGCAACUAGGUCCCCACGCCUAAUAUUUGAUGUCACGAGUAACUACGCGGAAUCAUUCAUGGCCCUAGCUGCUAAAUCAAUUUCAGGGAAGAGAAUAAAUUUUGCACAAAGAGGUGCGUACGGUCGUAGAAUUCAAGCUGCAGCUCUUGCCUACAACAAUGGAGGAUUCUGGCUACUCUCAAAGAUUAAUUCAGACAAACCUGUACGGUCACAUAUAUGGAGACAAGCCAAGUCGUAUUUUUCUGCUAAAAAAGACCCCAGAAAGCGAGCAAGAACAGGACCAUUUGGAAGAUGUAAAACCAAAAAUUCCACCGUCGAGGAUACCCAGAAUUAUGGACCCGAGGCACUGCAAGGGCGUCUGACCGAUGAGGAAAUUGCCAUAGCUGUAGAUAAACUUGUCAAAGACCUUCACGUUUCAGAACAACGACAACGAGAAAAGAUCCAAAAUGACACGUGGGGCAGACUUUCAAUGAUGAAUGGAAAUGGCAGCGCAGAAAUCGACUGACCGCAAGCAAUGCCGGAAAGAUUUUCAAGAUGAGUGACUGCACUUCAAACAGGAAUAUACUACAACAUAUUCUGUACCCCAAGGAUCUCAGUCACAAUGACAAUAUUUUGCGUGGUAUCAAUCUAGAACCAAAGGCAAAAUCAUUUUAUGCAGCUAAGAACAAAAUUGAAGUAGCAGAGUGUGGCCUCUUCAUUUCACACGAAUAUGGAUUUCUCGCUUCAUCCCCUGAUCUUGCGGUUGGAAACAAUGGGAUAGCGGAAAUGAAAUGUACGAACUGCAAGCCAGAUCAGAUCCCGUUGAGGCCCGACAAGUUUCUCAUUAGAGAUGCGGAAGGAAGUCUGAAGUUGAACAGGAAGCACAAUUAUUUUUACCAAGUUGUAAUGCAACUACAUACUGCCGAUAAAGAUUUUUGUGACUUUUGUGUAUAUUAUGAAGACCCGGAGUCAAAUUCCCCAUAUUUCUUUCAAGAACGAGUUUGGAGAAAUGAUGAAACGCUAGCCGUGUGGAAGUGCAUGAAAGAGAAACUUGUCAAGUUCUACCUCAUGGAUAUGGCUCAAGAAAUUGUGGACCCCAUAUUCCCAACUCAGAACCGAUUUAGGGAACCGGAGUACCGCGUUCAAGCCAUUGAUGCAGCGAAAGAGAAGAGAACAAAGAAAAUUCGUUAGAAAUUAAAUUCGUUUUUGAUAAAAGUCUAAAAUAAAUGUUAUAAGUAUGAGUACGAAUGUGAGUGUGAGUUCUACUUGAUUAGUCAGUAAAUCUAGCAUUAGAAACGAGCUUAUAUGUAGUGUGGAUAUGAAGUAAUAAGUAUUUAUGUGUAGAAGUAGAAUAUGUGUGCAGUAGUAUAUAAAUAUGUGUAGUGUGAGUGCAUAAAUAAAUUACAUGAAAAUUGUAUAAAUAAUGAAGUCACAAUAAAUAAUCAAAAUAAUAAAUAUUCAAAAUCAUCAUAAAUAAAAUAAUAUUAAUACUAAAAGACUAAAAAGAGAGACAUAUAGGAAAUACACAUUAAAAAAAAACCCCAAUAAGUGGGGGUGGGUGCGGUAUUCGAACUCAUCACAGCCCGAUGCUCUACAUAUACCCCUUCGCCUCGUACAGAGACUAAGCUACUGGGCUACAAGGGCAGUGAGCAAAAGACACUGCAAGAGACGCUGGAUUUAUGUGAAUGCCUGAUCACUCACAUCAUCAUCAUGUUCACAUCUCACCUCAUCUCACUGCAUGCAUAAAUAAUCUUGUUCCCAUAUGCAUAUUGAAAUCAAAUGCAUAUGGGAACAAGACAACAUCAAUUUUUUGCACAAAAAUACCUAACAAUUAUUGUUGCUAACAUAAAAUCAAUUUUCGAAAAGUAAAUCUUCCCCCGCCCCCUUAACCUUAUAAAAACUAAUUAAUUUUGACCUGGAUACCAUUUAAAAACGGAAUUUAAAAUGGUUUCUAUUGCUCUUGAGGGCGGACUUUCUGGGGUGCAAAAUACCAUUGAGACCGAGUUGUGGGGCGGUGAUAAAAUCAGUUGGGGACUGAAUUAAUGCAAACCGAUUUUGAAUAUUCUGCUUAUGCAGUUUUGAUUUAUUACGAACCAAGAACUGAUUCGCGAACAAUAAUUAUACAUAAAGUGAACGAGUUAUGUACUGUGCGGGUGGAGCUUAAACCUACGGCCUCCUGAAGUACCUUGUGCUGAGACUAGGGUUUCUCGUGAGUUUAGCUCAUUCGCACAGCACAUAACUAACUCACUUCAAGUUUAGAACAUUAUACACUUUUUGAACAUGAAAUUUCAAUUAUAAAUCAACAAUAUAACUGAGCCAAAUGGCACACACUAUAAAUUUUUGACACGACAGUGGGAUUUGAUUUUCAUAGUAGUACAACAAUUAACUAAACGAACAGUAAAUCAUCAUCAUUGAUGACAUUACUAUCAUGAUUUUGGGAUGCAUUAUAUAUUUCAAACAAGUUAUUGUAAUCGUAACGUGGUGAAUUUUGUCCAGUGUUCUGUGACUCGUUGCGAUCCGCUAGUGGCACUACUUGCUGCGAUACCUGCUGCUGCGAUAACUGCAACUAUUUGUGAAUACACUACAUAAAUUCUCAGCAAAGAUAAACAGCAUGUUCUCGACUUACCAUUUCGUCAUGAUAAAAUUUGAAACAGUUGAAGACGCUGCUACCAAUGCACAAACGUUUCUCGCAAGCAAGGCACUUGAACUGCGUAAUCGUCCUCUUCCCCAAUUUUGUUUUGCAGUGGAAACAAUCGGAUUUGCUUGGGUAACCGUUUUCUUUCAUAACUCGUUCUGUAAUAUGCAUAUUCGCUAAGGGUACUGAGACACGGCUUUGGGAAGGUCUUCCUCUUGGCUUCCGUGCUACGGGGAACUUCGUGAGAAUGUUGUGGAUUAUUGAUUUGACGAACGCUUCGUAAUUAAGACGGCGGAAUCCAACUUGAUCGUUUUGGGUCGUAUUGUACAUAAUCAUUGAAUUAUAUACCGAGAGCUCGACCAAAUAAAAUGCGACCUUUUUAUACCACUUGUAUGACUUGCGGAGACUUUGGUUGGGUUUUAUCGUUUUGUCGACAUUGUCCACCCCACCCAUGGUCUUGUUGUAGAGUAAAACUGUAUCUGGCUUCAUUCGUUGGUUGUUGGGGUUGGUGGAGGGCCAUUCGGUCAUUCCAUGGGGCAUGAAAGAGUUGAGGAUAAGCACUUCCCGCCUGUCCUGCCAUCUUGUAUGUACAAAGAGGUUCUAAAUUUUUGAAAAAAAACAAUAAAUAGAAAUAUUUCACCAACCUUUCUAUCAAAACGUCUCCAUCACUAAAGGUUUCAACCUCUCCUUUUCUGAGUUUUCGAGUCAUCCUUGCACCUCUUGGAAUUCCUUUCCGUCUUUUUUGUACAGUCCCCAAAACAUACGUGAGACGAUCUUUCAACAUCCUUGCUAAUUUGAGGCUGUGG